AUUCAUAACACACAUGUUGUUGGUUGUGUUGGGUGUUUGCCUCACCGGAGGAGCAAUUGCAGUGAUCAUGAUGUGGUCAUUAUGGAAAAAACAAGGAACGUUUAGACAAUUGACAUUUAGCAAUAUUUUAGAUUGGUUGGUGAUGAAUACUGUUUGGAAGAUGGCAACUUACAAACCUGAAACUAGUAUUUCUGAUCUGAUACUUUCACAAUCGAGUGAAUAUCCAUCAAAGAAAGUGAAAAUUGUUAGUGUUCAUUCAAAAAUUCCAAAUGUGGAAAAUUGUGAUGAGAAUUUAUUGGAAAUGUAUCAAAAGAAAUGUACAAUUCUAACUCUCAAUGAUGGCUAUGCUAGAUUUAGAACUUCCUAUGUACCAUAUUCUGUGUAUUUUAAUGAAAUUGAUGAGGAAGAUUUGGUUGAGUGUGAAAAAAUGUUAAUUGAAGGAUUGGAAAGGACUCUUUUCUAUUUUCCAACAGUUGGAGGAAGAUAUAGAGAUUUAAAUCCAAUGGAUGAAAAGGAUUUGGCUCUACUUUCUGAAGAGGAGAGAAAUUUGGUAAAAGGGAGACAGAAACCAUUUUUGGUUAUUUAUCAUCACUACAAACUACACACCUCAGAAAGAUACUAAAGCAAGAAAUGAGCUAAAACAAAAAAUUAGUGUGAAACAAAAAACAUGUGCGACGAGAAAAGCAAGCCAAAAAGAAUCGUUUCCUAAUCCUUGCUUUAGGUGCGAAUAGAUUGUAGUGGAAAAUCCAAUGUUAAAUGUUGCAAUUAUUGAAAAGCAAGUUGG